AUGUCGAUUGACCUCCUUGUGGAGGCGAUCCAUGCCUCGCCCAUUCGUCUGUCACUGUGCAUCUGUGGUGCAGGGGCCGGCGUCAUUCGACGCCUCACUCGCGUGCCCGAGUGCAGCCGCACCCUGAUCGAAGCUAACGUGCUCUAUCAUCGCUGCUCUACGCAGGCAGCAUUAGAUGGCCUGCCACGGCAUAUCGUCAGUGCUGAUGCGGCUCGGCGACUGGCACAGCACGCUUUUCACAAGUCCCGUGAUAUCGCCUUUGCCGAAGCGCGUGAGCAGCUACAGCAGCUUCCACAGCUCACGUCCACGCUACCUAGGCCCCCGCAGGAUCUGCUCUUCGGCGUUGGCGCUACAUCUGCGAUCAAGACGAGCCGCUCACGGCACAGCAGGGACGAGGCGUAUGUGUGUAUUUGGGGCGGCGCGGUCAACCUACUGGAGGACGUUUCCGAUCAAAGUGACGGCAGUCCUGCCAUGCUCGGCGAGGUCCGCCACUAUUACAUGGAGAUGCCGGACUGGCUGAGCAGGGCAGAGCAGGAUGAGCAAGUGGAGCUGAUGGUCCUCCAUGCGAUUGCGCGCAUAGUGGAGUCGUGUAUCCCUGCCGACACGGAGAUGGUGAGCAAAGGCACUCACACAGAUGGUCAGCGCAGCUACCCACGCGCUGUGUUUCAAGCCCUGCUGCCCAGCGCUGGAGAAAACACCGCCGCUUGUGGCGUAGGCGUGAGCGUGUCGCGCUCAUCAUCUGGGCUUCCCAUCGUCACGGACUCUGUGCGACUGUGCUCGAUGCCGUCCGAAUCCGCUCCGGAGUCGGUGUGCUUGGAUCCAUCCGGUGAGGUGCGACUUGCGCUGCAGAACGUCCUAAGCGCUGGCACCUCUGCCACUGCGCCCGACGGCAGUGUGCGUGACGUGUGCGCGUUGUGGAACAUACACGGUGAAUUGCGCUGCAGCGGUAUUCCACCGUACCCAGAAGAUGCUCGCAACGUCGCGGCGGCGGUGAUAGACCACCAACAAGAGAGUGGGUACGAUCGAAGCGCUGUCCCAGCCGGGUCCCGUAAGGUGAUUCGUCUUCUCUACCCUGGAUCGUUUAACCCGCUUCACUACGGACACACGGAGCUUGUACUGGCAGCCACGCGGGUACUGCUUCAACAAAAGCAGCAGAACGUGGAGCAGAUGGCACUGCCGGCGCUGAUCGAAGUGACGUAUGAGAUCGCAGUGAAGGCGGUUGAUAAGGGCGUUAUCGAGGUGGAUGACCUGAUGCGGCGUGUGCGCCAGUUUUUGCACCGCGGCGAGCGGGUUGCCGUGACAACCGCGACCCUCUUCGUGGCCAAGGCGAGACUGUUCCCAGGCCACGGAUUCCUCAUCGGCAUCGACACCGCCGUGCGCGUCCUGGAUCCAAAGCACUACAGCAGGAACGAGGACCCAGCGGAGGCUGAGGCCGCAAUGGUGGAGGCGCUGACCCGCGACAUUGCGGGCAGGGGGUGCUACUUUGUGGUGGGUGGGCGCAAGAUGAGCGAUGCUACGGGCUGGCAGGAACUAUCGCUGCUAAGAAUCCCGGAGAGCGUACGACACUUGUUUGUCGGCAUCCCAGCCACGGAGUUUCGCGUCGAUGUGAGCUCAACGGAGCUGCGUGCCCAACGCAACAGGCGUGGUGCAGAAAGACGCACACUCGGGAACUAA